ACACUGUUUAUUCGUGCACGCAACUUUUCACUCUCAAUUAUUUCUUACAAUUCCACCGAACCCAAAAUUAGAGACAGAAUUGUUGCUCUAAAGUUUCAUUAAAGUGGCUUCAAUUCUCUUCUUCCUUUUUCUUCCCCAAUGCCCCUUUUCAAUGCAAUCCAAUUCUAUGCUUCAGUUUAAUCCGAGAUCCGCUUCCUUCAUAUCUCGCUACAUUUUAAUGGCUUCGUUCUCAAUGCGAACAAUUUAGUUCCCAAAACGGUGUCGUACAGAUCCUGGGUUUUGCUACAUUUCUUCGCACCCCGAAUGGGUGAUGUGAUGGGUCCUGACUUGAUCAGUGACCUUCCUCAAAGCAUUAUAGAGAGCAUUCUGAUGAAGAUUCCAAUUAGGGAUGCUGUGAGAACCAGCAUUUUGUCUAGUAAAUGGAGGUACAAGUGGUCUUCAAUUACUCAACUUGUGUUUGAUGACAAAUGUGCGCCCUUUAGUUGUGACAGAGAGGUUGUGGGGAGAAGUGUUGCCAAGUUCAUAACCAGGGUGUUGUUUCUUCACCAAGGGCCAAUCCAUAAGUUCCAAAUCACGAAUUCGAAGUUGCAGAGCUGUCCUGAGAUUGAUCAGUGGAUCCUUUACCUCUCGAGGAAUGAUAUCAAGGAGUUGGUUAUGGAGUUGGGAGAUGGAGAGUUCUUUAGAAUACCUUCAAGCCUUUUCAAUUGUAGGAAGUUGAGGCGGUUGGAGCUCUCCCGGUGUGAGUUGGAUCCGCCCCUUUGUUUCAAGGGGUUCAUGUGCUUGAGGAGCCUUGGCCUUCAUCAAGUUUUGAUAUCCCCUGAUGCAGUGGAGAGCCUCAUUUCGAAAUGCCCUCUCUUGGAGAGUUUGUCAGUGUCUUACUUUGAUAAUUUGGCUCUUACUAUCCGUGCCCCGAAUCUUAAGCACUUGUAUCUUGAAGGUGAAUUCAAGGAUAUAUAUCUUGAAGAUGCUCCAUUUUUGGUUGAAAUAUCCAUUGCUAUGUAUAUGACUGAUGACAUUGCUGAGCACUUUGAGCAAAGCUCAAAUUGCAACUUUGUCAAGUUUCUUGGUGGAGUCCCUAAUCUUGAGAAGCUUGUUGGGCUUAUCUACUUCACAAAGUAUUUGAGCAUAGGUAUUGACUCGGUGCAUCUUCCAAUAAUGUACAACAAUUUGGAGACUAUUGAAUUAUAUCAAGUAAAUUUUGAGGAUACAAAGGAGAUACUUGUCAUCCUUCAUUUGAUUACAAGCUCUCCUAAUCUAAAAGAACUACAAAUUUCAGGUUCAUCAAACAUAGCAGUUGCUGCCGAUUUCCCUGACUUGGAUUUUUGGGAAAAAGAAUGCCUUUCAGAUACUACACUUAACAAGCUUAAAACUGUGAAGUUGUCAGAAAUGGGUGGUUGGCCACAUGAGAUAGAAUUUAUGAAAUAUUUGCUCGGUCGUUCUCCUGUGCUUGAGACGUUGAAUAUCAUUCCUUGUGUAUUUGAUAUGGAGAAUAAUUUGAGAAUGUUGAUGGAAUUGGUGAAAUGUCGAAGAGCUUCUACUCAAGCAGAAGUUGUUUUCUACCGUGAGUGAAAUUGUGUACUGUGUCAUAAAAUGCAUUCUUUUGUACCAUUUCCAAUGUUAAUUCUCCUUGGUUUAUGCAUAACCUUUUAAAAUGCAACUUUUACCAAUGAGAAAACUUGUAAAUUCUCUAGUGAAAGUAGGAAUUUUAUAUUAGAUGGAUUGAAGAUUUGUGUGGCUUACAAGUUGUGAGUCCAUUUUACUUAAAA